AUGAUGCUGCAGACAGCUGCCACUAUGGUUGCUGCUGCUUCUCUGCAGCACGAACCGCUGCAGCAGCAACUCCGACAGCAGCAACAGCAGCAGCAGCAACUGCAGCAGAAGCAACUUCAGCAGCAGCAACUGCAACAGCAGCAACUGCAACAGCAGCAACUGCAGCAGCCCAGCAACAACAGCAGCAGCAACCGCAGCAACCACAACAGCAGCAGCAGCAGCAACAGCAGCAGCAGCAGCAGCAUGUGA